AUGCCACCCCCGCAGAGAAUCCUCCUUUUUGGUGACGAAAACUUCAGCUUCUGCAACGGCUUCCUAGCCGAGCACGAUGAGGACAUUGUUGAAGUUUGUAGUUGUUUAAAAGAAAAUGAAUUAAAACAAGAAAGUAAGACUAACAUUCAGGCACUAAGCAAGAAUGUAAUUAUCCACUAUGGCAUUAACCCAGUUCAGUUAAAAUCUAAAUUCCCUCCGAAUACGUUUGAUGCGCUAUAUUAUAUUUUACCCGGGUUGUCAUUUCAUGGACAUCCAGAUUUUAUCGAUCCACAAACGGAAAUGUUUAAGUUACGUUUAAAUUUGUUUUGUUUUAGUUUUUUAAAAAGUAGUAAAAAUAUAGUCAAACCUGAUGGUUAUGUGUAUAUAUUAUUUCCUGACGAAGCUUCCGCGCAGAGUGGCAGUGGGCUACCUGUGAAUGAUGGAAACGUCGAUGGCACGAACAAUAAUAAUGACAUGGAAAACAGCAAUCAAAAUAAUGACAACAGCGAAAAUGUCGAAGGAAACAGUAACCCUAACAAUAAUACAAACAAUGCAGUGUCGGAGGGACUUGGAGAUGCUGCUCAGGGCAAGAAGCACGGUCUACCCUUCCUGCCUAUAGAACCGAAAAAGUUAGCAAAAUUUUGUAACGUCACAAGAGACUACAGUAAAGAUUAUAAUUUAAACCUUGAUGUGCAUGAGAAUUGGCUACCCGUCCUGUUCAACAUGCCAGUUGUGAACGAACUGCCCGACUGGGUAAAGACCUGUAAGUACUACUGCUUCAAAAUGACCGAGUUGCCAAUCAAUAAGAAUAAAAAUAACAGAGGCGCAGGUAAUAACAAUAUGGGAGAUGCGGGAAAUAUGGGCAAUGAACAGAACCAAGAUGAUGACAAUCAAAAUAAGGAUGAUGAAAGUGGAGGCGCAAAGAGGGAAGAAGGAAAAAAUGACGAAGAGAAGAGGCAAGAUGGGGACGAAGGAAACGAUAACAAUAAUGCUAAUAAUAACGAUAUGAAUGCGCAGGGUAAUGAAAAUGCCGGAAAUAAUGCAGAAAACGAACCAAACAAAGAUAAGGAAAACGACCCUGAUGAAUACAAUGUUUUGAAAAUACCUCCCCAGGUGUUUGAUUACCCCAUCGAAAAACUGGGGCAUGUGAAUGAGUGCUUCUUGUUUAAGCUAUAUUCUGUAAACAGCAAAAGUGUCCUUAUUUCGAGGCUGACUCUCAAGUACGAUCCCAGAAUUUCAGGAUGGAAAGGAGACAAUAAAAUUAAGAAAGACAUGCUUAACAUGAACAUGUCCAUGAACAUGGGAAACAUGAAUAUGAACAAUAUGAACAUGAUGAAAAAUAUGAACAACCUAAUGAAUAUGAAUAAAUUUAAAGGAGGAAAGUACAAAAAUAAACAACCGAAAAAUGAUUUCCAACAGCAGUUUAAAAAUAACUUAAUGCAAAAUAAUAUGAACUAUUCAUUAAAUAAAAAAGGAAAUAUGAAUCUCCCUCCGCCUCCCCCAAAUAAUUUGAAUAUGCAACCAAAUAAUGUGAAUAUGCCAAAUCAGAAUAUGAAUUAUAAACAAAAUAACUUUCCAUUUGUUAAUAAUUUUAAAGGCAUGCCGAAUAAUUUAUCUCAAAAUGUACAAAGUACUAUGACGAACAUUCCGAUGAAUGUCAAUCCGAACCUCUCCAACAACAUGAUGAACCCCUACCUUAAUGGAGCCUUCAACAACAACUUCAGGAACAACAUGUACCAACAAAACAUCCCCAUGCCUCCCCCCAUGGGAAACUUUAACAAAAAAAUGUACCAAGGCCACAACAUGAACAUAAAGAGAAAAAACGACAUGUACAACUGCGACAAUAUGGAGAAGACCUACGACAACUACAUCAUGAAGGAAAACUACAAAUCAGACGAUGACAACAAUAUGAACGUCAAUGCGUGUAACGAUGACUACGAUCUAGAUCAGUGCGAUUACAACGCGGGCAACUUAAAGAACAUGCAGAACAAAAAUGCAGAAGAUGCUGAUUAUUACUUGUAA